GAAGAAAUCGGCAUUGUUGGCUAUACUAAUCAAGAAAUGGCAGAAGAAGCCGAUAAAAAUGCGAGAGUGUACCUCCGAAAUUUUGAGAAAUUCCACGGCCCCUUAGAAGAUGAUCUAGGUGUGCUAAUAAAGAAAUUCGUUGAUAAUGGG